UUCUUAGCAUGGACUCCCAGAGAUCUGAGAAUCAUAAGCAUACCAUGAGUGAUUACCCUGAAUAUGACCAGUAUCCGUAUGAAGAGGUAGACCAUAGAUUUUCACUGCACUCUGGCACUGAUAUACGGCUGACAAAUAAUCAAAUGAACCCUGAAAGUAUGGAAAACGUAAACCACGAGAUAACCCAAGAAGAUCAUGGAUUUUACCAUGGAAGGCCAACAGAUGCAGCACCAAGCCGAGUCCCUGGGCUCAAAUUGGGCAAUAACUUCGUACAGAAUUACAAUGAGAGGGAAGAACAGAUAUUUCAAAAUUUGCCUGAAACAAACCAGAACAAUUCCUCAGCCCCAGGUAGUAAAUCAUUAAGAGACAGAAUGGAUGCACUUGACGAGAUGCACCCAAUCGGCACAGAAGUAGAUGAAGGCUCUGAAAAUGUAGAAGCAGACGAAAGAGAAGGCAACGGCGACUAUAUCCAAAGACAAAUCUCUUCAGAUAAGGAAGGAUUUAGUGAUAUCAAUGAAGACUCAGCACAAGCUAAUUAUUACAACCAGAUUGAGGUUGAGAGAAGAAUGGAUCGGAUGAACCUUAAUCCUCCAAUGAAUGGAAUAGCUCAUCGACCCCAGAACUUAUCCAACAGCAAUAUGAAUCCAAUGCAGACUCCGUCUAGAAGAGGAGAUGACAGUUUCCAGAAUAUGGAUGAUUACCAGAGUCAGGCACCAGGCCAGUACAUGAACGAAUCAAAUGAUCCCCAGACAGACCAUCUUAUUAUGCAGUAUGAGUCAGUUUUGCAGAGCGUCAACAGAGAAUUCCAGAAACUUUUAGAGAAGAAUAGACAAACCGAGGAAGAUUUCUCAGUCAUGAGGAGCGAAUUGGAGAAAACACAGAUCGCUCUCGAACAAGAGCAAGCUAACCUCGCAACUAAGAUGAAUGACGAGAAGCGCCUCCAAAUGAUACAGCUUGAGAAGAACGAGGUUGAAAAUGAGAAUAAAAAUUUAAGGAUGCAUUUAGGCCAAAGAGAUGAUGAAAUCGAAAGGCUCCAGAACAGAAUUAUCCAGUUAGAGCACGAGGCGAGCCAAAUCCCUUCGUUGCGGGCUCAGCUGGAUGAGCUUCAGAACCGGAACCAUCAGAAGGAGUCUACCACGAGAGAAAAAGAAGAGAGCAUACUUAAAACAGAAAGCGAGCUUAGAAAUAUGGAAAGGGUCGAAGGCAUCCUUAAAGCUGAAAUUGAAGAACUUCUUGAAAAGAGGAAAGGGCUCGAGGAAAUUAACCAAGCUCUUAAAAACCAAGUGUGUGAGUGAAAUAUCACGCUCAGACAAAUGGCUUCCCAGCUGGACUCAACGAAGAGAGAGAAUAUGGCCCUUGAGAAUAACAUUGAGAUUUUUAAGAAAAGUGAAGAGCAGCUGAGAGAAGAAAAUUCCAGCCUGAAAGAAUUAGUGAAUAAUAUCGAAAUUGAAAGAAUCCAUUUCAGAGCGACUUGUGAGUUAUUGCAGAGAGAACUCAGUUUUGUUAAGAAAGAAAAUGCUUCUUAUCUUGCUAGUGAGAAUAGGAUUCUGAAUUUUGCAAAACCAAAGAAUGAUGUUCAUAAUUAUCCAAGCCAGAUACCUGAGGUGAGUCCAGCAUCGAGAAGUCCUUUAAGUAGCUUUCAACACCUUUUAAAGAAUAACGAAAUGGGAAGUGGGCCUCCAUCCCGUUCAGAGCCUAAUUUUGGUGGAUCUUUUCAACCUCCUGCUCAAGAGAAUAUGCCAACAAUGCUGGGAGGAAUGAAUUUUGACCAUGCUCAGCAAGCACCAAGCCCUGCUAAUAAUAUUCCAAGUAACAUGGGAGGCCAAAUGCCAGCUGGGUCACCUUCAAAGCGUAAACUUCCAAUGCAUCUUGCGUCGAGCAUAACAUUCGCUGCUGAUGAAGGGUCAGAUCAAUAUUAUCGGAAGAACCAGGCUCCUAGCCCAAGUAUGGGGCAAGGAUUUAAUUCUCCACAGAACAGUGUAGCAGGAAUCCCAUCGAUCCCAAAUCUGCCUAUUGCAGGAAUGCCAACUCCUAAGGAUCCGAGACCUGGUGGGAACCCUGGGCAAUUCCCACAGGGGGUCCAAGGACCUCCUCAUCUUGGCACAGGGAUGAUUCCUGGGUCACAAGGGCCGCCUAUACAGUUGAAUAGCCAGCAGAAAUUUCAGCAAAUCCAAAUUUUAGAAAACUCUUUGCUAUCCUUCCAGAUGGACAAGGACAGACUCACAGCAGAGUUGAACAAGAUCCCAGAGUCUCAUAGCAAGAGCCAUCACCAGCAACAAAGAAAGGCGGAGCUGGAAAGGGAACUGUACAUUGCAGACAAAAAUAUCAACACAGUUAAACUCAAGCUGAGAGAUAUUAAGAGAUAA